AUGUCUCGAAUUUUGGUUUUGACGGAAUUGCGACUUGAAGAACACACAAAAAUAUUGUCAAAUAUCAUGUUGGCUCUAAGUCAAAUUAAUGAUUCAGCUAAAAACCCAGUUUCAUUAUCUCCAUCAUCAAAUAUGUCUUCUGAUAAGUUAGCAGCAGGAAUUUAUUCCAAAUUACCCUUGAACAAUAAUGAAGAAAUGGCUGGCAUAACAUCUCAAAUCAUUAAUGAUGAAGAUACAUUGUUGAAACUUGCUAAAAUGCUAAUUACACUGAUUAGUGGCUCUGAUGUGAAACAAUUAAUAAGGAGAAUUUUAAAAAAACUUAUUACUGAUGAGCUUGCAAUUGAAUACAACUAUACUGGACACAAAAAUACCAAAAAACCAUUUAAUAAAACAAUUUUGUCAACUUUAUUAACUCAUGCUGUACAGAUGGUUUUCAGUAAUACAACAAUAAAAGAAAUUGAGUUAACGACAAGCAUUUGGCUGACAAAAGCUCCAGAAAGAUUGAAAAACAAAAAAAAUUAA